GUUGGAAAACCGUUAUUACAGCAUUCCGACGAUGGGUGAUAUUACUUUCCCUGCAUAGCAACCACCUUCGUCGUCUGGUGUUGCGUGAAUCCAUUGGUUGCACGUGACACGUGACGUAACCGGUGAAAAAGGGGCAGAGCCGUCACUCGAGUUCGUUUCACUGUCUGUCAUUUGGAGUUGUGGAGAUUUCAUUACAGUGAGUUGGGUGUUUUUUUCUGUAUUUGUGUGGAGAAGGAAAAAAAAGGAAACAUGGCAAGCGCUGUUGAUAAAGACGGUGUUAGGGAUGCUUACCAAGAUGUGAGAGAUGAUACAUCGGACACAAAUUGGGCAUUAUUCAGAUAUAAAGGAGCUCAAAUCAUUCACGAUGGUUCCGGUGAAAAUAUAGACGAUCUAAAACAGCUCUUAUCAGAUGAUGAUCGUGCCUUUGCAUUCGUUCGUGUUCUGGCCGGUGAUGAAAUGAGCAAGAGAAAGAAAUUCGUCCUUCUUACAUGGGUUGGUGCCAAUGUCAGCACGCUCAAAAGGGCGAGAGUCUCCAUUGAUAAAGCUCUAGUAAAACAAGUCAUACAGAAUUUCGCUGUAGAAUUGCAGAUAGAAUCUCCAGAUGAGCUUUCAGACGAAUAUCUGAGAAUGGCAGUGGACAAAGUUGGGGGAGCAAAUUAUGGAACUGGUACGAGAAGUUGAGGCUGGACCUUUUGUAUUUUGUAUCCGUUUUCAAAUUUGUUUAAUGAGCUGUCUGUAAGAUUUAUAUAACUGUAUAAUUUUGUCAUCAGAAUGUUUGUAAUCUAUUCAGAACUUUCUGGAAUAAAGCGCGUUAUAUACUUAA